CUCUUCAGUGACGUCGCCUACAAAGCCCGAGACCGAGAGGAUCUGAUCGCCGGAAUAGACGAGUUCUUAGAUGAAGUCAUCGUCCUUCCCCCUGGAGAGUGGGACCCCACAAUCCGAAUAGAACCCCCCAAAAAGAUCCCGUCCGCUGAUCAGAGGAAAUCCGUUUUCUCGGUGAAUGAAGCCGGACAGAUGAACGGCUCGGCCGGAGGGGUUGGUGGUGGCAGCGGGGGAGGUCCAAGCGAAGAUGACGAGAUGCCCGUCGCCCAUGAGAUCGGAGAAGAACUUUCCUGGACCGGCAGGUUCUGUGGAGGAUUAUAUCUGGACAUGAAGAGGAAGCUCCCCUUUUUCCUCAGUGACUUCUAUGACGGCUUCCACAUCCAAUCCAUCUCUGCCAUUAUCUUCAUCUACCUCGGCUGUAUAACGAACGCCAUCACAUUCGGGGGGCUGCUGGGCGACGCCACAGACAACUAUCAGGGGGUGAUGGAGAGCUUCCUGGGCACAGCAAUGACGGGUUCCGUGUUUUGUUUGUUUGCUGGACAACCUCUCAUCAUCUUGAGCAGCACCGGCCCCAUCCUCAUCUUCGAGAAACUUCUGUUUGAUUUCAGCAAGAGCAAUGACAUAGACUACAUGGAGUUCCGCCUGUGGAUCGGCCUGCACUCCGCCCUGCAGUGCCUCCUGCUGGUCGCCACGGACGCCAGCUUCAUCAUCAAGUACAUUACGCGUUUCACCGAGGAAGGAUUCUCCACCCUCAUCAGCUUCAUCUUCAUCUAUGACGCCAUAAAGAAGAUGAUCGGCUCCUUCAAGUAUUAUCCGAUCAACUCCGACUUCAAGCCCGACCAAGUCACCACCUACCGCUGCGAGUGCGUGGCCCCGGACCCAGCCAUAUUUGCACCAAACAUCACUAACACAACUUUGUCCAAUGUCGUGAAUAAUACAGCCUUGGACUGGAGCCAGCUGAGUACGAAGGAAUGUCUGAAAUAUGGCGGCAGCCUGCUGGGGAACUCCUGCAGUUACGUUCCGGAUUUGGCGCUCAUGUCCUUCAUCCUCUUCUUCGGAACGUACUCCAUGACUCUGACACUGAAGAAGUUCAAGUUCAGCCGCUACUUUCCCACCAAGCUUCGUAAACUUAUUAGCGAUUUCUCGAUCUUCAUGUCCAUCCUGCUCUUUGUUGGUCUGGACAUGCUCUCAGGAUUAAAUACUCCCAAACUACAAGUGCCCACCGAUUUCAAGCCCACGCGCCCGGACCGCGGUUGGUUCGUUUUCCCGUUUGGUAAGAACCCCUGGUGGAUCUAUUUAGCCAGCGCCUUGCCGGCUCUGCUGGUGACGAUUCUCAUCUUCAUGGAUGAACAGAUCACCGCUGUCAUCGUCAACAGGAAGGAGAACAAGCUGAAGAAAGCCUGCGGGUAUCACAUGGACCUCUUCUGGGUCGGGGUUCUGCUGGCCAUUUGCUCCUUCAUGGGUCUUCCUUGGUAUGUGGCGGCGACUGUCAUCUCCAUCGCUCACAUUGACAGCCUGAAGAUGGAGACCGAGACGAGCGCGCCCGGGGAACAGCCGCAGUUCCUGGGAGUCAGAGAACAGCGAGUGACGGGGAUCAUCGUGUUUGUCCUCACCGGGAUCUCCGUCUUCCUGGCGCCCAUCCUGAAGUAUAUUCCGAUGCCGGUUCUGUACGGCGUCUUUCUGUACAUGGGCGUGGCAUCUCUCAAUGGCAUUCAGUUCUGGGAUCGCUGCAAGCUUUUCCUAAUGCCGGCAAAGCACCAGCCUGACUAUGCAUAUCUCCGGCACGUCCCUCUGCGCCGGGUCCAUUUGUUCACCGUUGUUCAAAUCGUCUGCCUGGCCGUUCUCUGGAUACUCAAGUCUACUGUUGCCGCCAUCAUUUUCCCUGUCAUGAUCCUUGGCCUGAUAAUCGUGAGGAAGAUGUUGGAUUGGGUGUUCAGCCAACACGACCUCGCCUGGUUGGAUGACAUUUUACCUGAAAAAGACAAAAAGAAACAAGAAGACAAGAAGAAGAAGAAAGGGAAAGACGAGGUGGAUAGUGAUGAGGACCGAGCCGGCCACCCCGGAGCUGAGCGUUCCGACUCUUCUCCCAACGGGUCAGACAUGGACCGCAGCAUUACUCUACACCUGAAGAUCUCCUGUCCCCCCUCUCCUGCUAUUGGCUACCCCAGGAACCCCCUCAAUGCCGUCCCCCAAGUGAAGAUAGAGAUGGACUCUGAAUAUUCGGACUCUGACAUAGACAAGAACCCCCGAGACCGGGGCAGCGAGACGACUUUAUAGCAUCGGCUUUACUGAGCACAGAGUCACACCUGACCGGCAGGAUGGUCUAUUGUAACCUGGAUCUGGUGUUAGAAAAUGGACCAUUCCUGUGUGUGACCCCAGAAAGGAACACCUACCCGGCAAUGGAACACAAGAAAGAACUUCUACUAUGGACUUCCCAACUCAGAGUGAAAUGAGCUCAUUAUGCAGAAACACGGAACUUCUCUAAUAAUAUCACCAUGACGACAAGCGGCACAAAGUUGGGUGCAUUGUAAAGAUUCAUUCAAGGAACCGAUUCCUUCUAAUCAUGACGUUCUACAACCAUCACCAUGAUUCCAGGGUGGGUGAAGCCCAUCGCCUGACCAACACUUCUGUCUUCUACUCCAUACAUUGGAGUCACCUACCUACCCAGCCAAUGGAGGGAAGGGCUGACUAUCAGGAAAAGGAGAAAGGUGUCUCUUCUAUAUAAGUGACCCGAAUGAUUGGCUGCGUCCCGUCCUUCCACCUACAUUCUAUUCAGAUACACGAUUGGCAUCUCACCAUAGAGAACCUGCAGAGCAUUGAGAUGACUCCAUAGACUGAGAUGACUCCAUAGACCGAGAUGACUCCAUAGACUAAGAUGACUCCAUAGACUGAGAUGAUUUCAUAGACCGAGAUGACUCCAUAGACACACUGAGAUGACUCCAUAGACUGAGAUGACUCCAUAGACUGAGAUGACUCCAUAGACUGAGAUGAUUUCAUAGACCGAGAUGACUCCAUAGACUGAGAUGACUCCAUAGACCGAGAUGACUCCAUAGACAUAUUGAGAUGAUUCCAUAGACUGAGAUGACUCCAUAGACUGAGAUGAUUCCAUAGACUGAGAUGACUCCAUAGACUGAGAUGAUUCCAUAGACUGAGAUGACUCCAUAGACCAAGAUGACUCCAUAGACUGAGAUGACUCCAUAGACUGAGAUGACUCCAUAGACUGAGAUGAUUUCAUAGACACAUUGAGGUGACUCCAUAGACUGAG